GCGGGCUGAGGGUGCUGGGCACCGGGAGGAGGAGGAGGAGGAGGAGGAGGAGGAGGAGGAGGAGGAUGAGGAUGGCGGCGCUCUAGCAGGAGGCGGCGCGGACACGCGUGGAUGUGGUCUCCGGCCCCUGACUCAGCUUGCCCGAGACCUAACAAUACAAUGUCAACUGGACGGGUACGAACAAAAAAAAAGGCAUGUUCUUCGGACCAGUCUCCAGACAACCUACCUUUGAGGAGUUCUGGAAGACAGGUAAAGAAGAAGGCAGCUGAAGCAGCAGAUGAUGAUGACGAAGCAUCGGAGAAGAAGUAUAGGAAGUGUGAAAAAGCUGGAUGCACUGCAACAUGUCCUGUUUGCUUUGCCAGUGCAGCUGAAAGAUGUGCUAAAAAUGGGUAUACAUCUAGAUGGUAUCAUCUUUCCUGUGGGGAACACUUCUGCAAUGAAUGUUUUGACCACUAUUACCGAAGCCAUAAAGAUGGUUAUGAGAAAUAUACUGCCUGGAAAAGGAUUUGGACGAGUAAUGGUAAAAGUGAGCCCAGUCCAAAAGCCUUCAUGGCUGAUCAACAGCUUCCUUACUGGGUACAGUGCACAAAGCCGGAAUGUGGUAAAUGGCGUCAGCUGACAAAGGAAAUCCAGCUGACACCACAAAUAGCAAAAACGUACAGAUGUGGUAUGAAGCUGAACAGUUCUACUAAGACUGAGGGCUCGGACCAGUGUUCUAUGCCCGAGGACUUGAGAGUGGCUGAAGUUUCAGACCAUUGGUGGUACUCCAUGCUCAUACUCCCUCCUUUGCUGAAAGACAGUGUGGCAGCUCCCUUUCUAGCUGCAUAUUAUCCAGACUGCGUGGGCAUGAGUCCAUCCUGUACCAGCACUAAUCGAUUACCUGGUGAAUCCAACAUUGUGAAGUUAGAGCACUUAAAGAGCGUGCCUAAUUUGACUGUUGCAGGAAUGAACAAAUACUUCCAGCCCUUUUACCAGCCCAAUGAAUGUGGUAAAGCACUUUGUGUGAGGCCAGAUGUCAUGGAACUGGAUGAGCUCUAUGAGUUCCCAGAAUAUUCACGAGACCCUACCAUGUAUUUGGCUUUGAGAAACUUGAUUUUGGCUCUGUGGUACACAAACUGCAAGGAGGCUCUUACUCCUCAAAAAUGUAUUCAUCAUAUCAUUGUUCGGGGGCUUGUGCGUAUUCGCUGUGUACAGGAAAUGGAGAGGAUACUUUAUUUUAUGACAAGGAAAGGGCUAAUUAAUACAGGGAUUUUAUCGGUCAGUCCUGACCAGUAUCUCCUUCCUAAAGAAUACCAUAAUAAAUCUGUCAUUAUUGUUGGAGCUGGGGCAGCAGGAUUAGCAGCAGCCCGACAACUGCACAACUUUGGAAUUAAGGUCAUUGUCCUGGAAGCUAAAGACAGAAUUGGUGGCCGAGUGUGGGAUGAUAAGACAUUCAAAGGAGUCACGGUUGGAAGAGGUGCACAAAUCGUCAAUGGAUGUGUCAACAACCCAAUGGCACUAAUGUGUGAGCAACUUGGCAUUAAAAUGCACAAAUUAGGGGAGAGAUGUGACUUGAUCCAGGAAGGCGGAAGGAUAACAGAUCCCACUAUUGAUAAACGCAUGGACUUUCAUUUCAAUGCCAUCCUGGACGUUGUCUCUGAGUGGAGAAAAGAUAAAACCCAACAUCAUGACGUCCCUCUUGGUGAGAAAAUACAAGAGAUCUAUAAAGCCUUUAUUCAGGAGUCUGGUAUCCAGUUCAGUGAGCUGGAAGAAAAAGUACUACAGUUCCAUCUCAGUAAUUUGGAGUAUGCCUGUGGCACCAAUCUCUCUCAGGUAUCUGCACGUUCAUGGGACCACAAUGAAUUUUUUGCUCAGUUUGCUGGAGAUCAUACUCUUCUAACUGUGGGAUAUUCUACUGUGCUUGAUACGUUGGCGGAAGGGCUGGACAUCCGGCUGAAUUUUCCAGUACACAGUAUAGAUUAUUCUGGUGAAGAAGUACAGGUUACUACUGCAGAAGGAACAGUGUGGACAGCCCAAAAGGUAUUAGUCACUGUACCGCUGGCCCUUCUUCAGAAAAAUGCCAUUCAGUUUAAUCCUCCACUGUCAGAAAAAAAAAUUAAAGCCAUUAAUAGUUUGGGAGCAGGAGUCAUUGAGAAGAUUGCCUUGCAAUUUCCUUACAGAUUUUGGGACAGCAAAAUUCAAGGAGCUGAUUUUUUUGGUCAUGUUCCACCCAAUUCCAGCCAGCGUGGGCUCUUCAGUGUUUUCUAUGACAUGGAUCCAGAGGGCAAACAAAGCAUUUUAAUGUCAGUGGUCACUGGAGAGGCUGUGACAACCAUUAGGAAUUUAGAUGAUAAACAAGUACUGCAACAGUGUAUGACUGUACUUCGAGAGCUGUUUAAGGAGCAGGAGGUUCCUGACCCAGUAAAGUUUUUUGUUACUCGAUGGAGCAAAGACCCUUGGCUCCAGAUGGCAUAUAGUUUUGUAAAAACAGGAGGCAGUGGUGAGGCUUAUGAUGUUAUAGCUGAAGACAUACAAGGCACAAUUUUUUUUGCUGGUGAGGCCACAAAUAGACAUUUUCCUCAGACCGUUACAGGAGCUUACUUGAGUGGGGUUCGAGAAGCAAGCAAAAUAGCAGCAUUUUAAGUAUAGAAAUUUUGUGUUUAUAGAUAUAUUUUUAAUUGUUUUCUGUGGGCAAAACUAUCUUCCAAGUUUCCUAUUUGUUCCUUUUUCCUAAGUGGUACUUAAGCAGUAGAUGGUACCUGAAGAUAAAAUCUUCAUCUUCCUUUUCCUGUUUUUGUUUGGUUUGGUUUUUCCCUUUUAAGACUUUUUUUUUUUUUUUUUUUUUUUUUUUUUUUUUGGCCGCUGUUACUGGUGAGAGUGACAUUGGAGUCCUUGUAUGCAGCUUUACUAAUGCAACUUUUGUUGUGAGUCCUUUUCUGUAUGGCUUAAGUCGUACUAUUAUAGACCUUCAUUUCAGAAGGUCAGAUUAAAACAAUAUUAAUUUAAUAUACAGCAUCAAAAAAAUGCUGGCAGUUAGUAACAAUGAUGGGGCUUUUCCACUAACUGUGCUUCUCAGGUUGAUUAUGUUGACAGAAGUUCAAACUUGUUCCCAAAAGCCUGAAUAACGUAGCCAGAUUCUAGAAUUACUGUAAGAAGGAACACAACUAUCAUUCUUUCUACUUGUAAUCAGUAACUUCUUCUAUAGUAUUUCUUAUGCUUAUUCUCCACAAGUUGGGCUUUGGAAUAUCAAUUUUUUUUCCUUUCAAUCAGACUGCUGGAACAGUUUACAGUGCAAUCGUAGAAAGGUUUUUGGAGCUAAUAAAAAUUUGAAAGGAAAAUUUGAACUUUUACAUCAGUAAAAACUUCGCUGAAAUACUCUCUGGCUACUUAUUCAGAGAUUUCCUUGUUACAAUAAUAGGGCAAGUUUAGAUUUGCAUAAAUGCUUUUGAUCAUGUAGGACAGCUUAAAAAUAUUGUUUCUAUGAUUUUAUUUGAAAGUGAGCUUCCAGAUUAGUUUGGGCUGAGUAGAUGAACUAUCUACUGAUACAAUUAUGAGGGCACAGUGGGGGAUGAAGAACUCAAGUUCUUAAUGGCUCAUUCAGCUUUCAUAUUUAAGAAAUAAGUUAAGAUGAAUGAGGAAAAAUAUUAACACUUUUAUGAAGGGCUGAAACAAGGUAGUUUGCACUUUGAAGUUUUUUAAAAAGUAUUAUUAAAAAUGACUUGAGGGAGUAAUUCAGUAAGGGCUAAGCAUCUCUCUAAUAACCUUUCCAUGGGACAGAGGAAGUACGUAUCUUUCAAUAGAAACAAGACAGUGGAAAUAAGACAGAAUAUUGGUUGUAAUAGUGUUCCGUUAAAAAACGUUAUUAAUGGAAAAAAAUUAAAAUCAACUUUUACCUCUGUUUCCCCAUACCUUCUGUAUAACUUUACUGCACAGCCCUCACGUUUCCUGGAAGGAUAGUAAGCACUUACUCUUUCUCCCCUCAUUCUUGUGCAUUGGCUCUUUCCUUUUUUAAACCUGUUCGUGUAAUGACGACACAGCAAGCUUCUUCGAAUUACAGUGCUUCUCUCCAUGAAGCUGUAUCUUUGGGGAAAAGAAAACAAGCAACCUUAAGAAAUCCUACUGAAUAAAAGCAUUUCUUCUACUUUUUAAAAAAUACCUAAUAAUUUGUUUUAGAGUAGCUAUGAUAUUUGUUAAAUAUCUUUAUUUAAUCUCUAAUUUACAAGGUGAAGAUGUUUAUAUAACUAGAUGUUUUUCAGAUAUAUAUUCUGUUCUGCUUCUUAAAGCUGCAUUAUAUGGGUUAAUUGGAAAAGUGUAACUGUUCAUAAUUUUUCUCUAUGUAAAUGUUAAUAUGUACAGUUUUAAAACAUUUUCAAGUGUUAAAGUGUAAUUUAAAGUUAUAAGAAACAAGACAAAAUCCUCUGAUGAUAAAAGAUAAUCAAACUCCAGCUUUUGUUUAUGGUAAUCAUUUGCACUUUGUUAAUUUCACAUAUUACAGGCAAAUUUAUAACACAGCUAGAAAGGAUUACAGGAGCUACAUGUUUGAGUUCCGUGUUUCUUACCGGCUUUACCAUAGAUGACAAAAUUAACAGGAGUGCAGCUUGUGAAGAUGGUCAAAAGCUUAGUUAUACAAGCCCAAAACGUUCUGUUUAAUGGCUGCUUCAGCUGACGUCGGUCAGAACUUUAGGCAGUUUCAUAACAUAGAGACACAAUAAAUUUUAAGUAACAGCUGUUUGGCAAGUCAAGCUCAGCUUCCAUUUCAGCUGUCCAUCAAUGUUUGUAUGCACAUGCUUAAUUUUAGGCAUAUGCUUCCGUGCUGUUAAUUUGUACUUUGGGAUUUAUAUUCUACCAUCUACAACUUUGCAACUUACCAGGUAGAUAAAUGCUGUACUCUAAAGAACAGAGAUGAAUAUGAACAAAUAUUCUGUCAUAUUUGGCUUUAUCUGCUGCAUACUUCUUAUAGCACUAAAAAAGAAUAAUAAAUGAUAAAUUUACCAAUGGUCAAGUCUAUUAAAUAUUUGUAUAUUAUUUUGGUGCUAAGGCACUUAAACUGUAUUGUGCUGCACUUAAGUUUGGGGAGUAAAUAAAACAUGUUCCAUUUUAAUUUACAUACAUAUAAAAUGUAUAAGAACAUCAGGCUGGUUCUGAGACUUCAUUCUUAAUUAAUGUUCCCAAAUUUUUAAAUACCUAUGUCAAAUUUUUUCAAGCAUGUAUGUGUUUUUACUUUUGUGUAUAAUUUAUUCCCUCAAAAUAAAGAACUGGGGAAUGUUUUAUGAGAGUAAAUUUGUUUAAAUGUUAUUAAAAAUAUUUGAAUGCAGAGCAUGAUCUGUUACACUUCAACUAUUCUGUGUGACUAUGCUGCGGCAGCAGAAUAAAACUGGAAAGUAUCCAUGGGA